AAGAAUAAUUUGAGGUGUGUUUUGCAAACUAGAUAGUGAUAGUUUAGGUAGUUUUCUCAACCUUAUGACAGUUUAGGUAUGAAACUUAAAAAAAAAAGUAAUAGUUGAGGUGUGUUUUUGACCCUUAUCUCUAUAUUUUAUUUAAAUAUUCGAACUAAGUUCUGUUCUAAGUGAAUACCUCAACACCUAAUAAAAUGCUUUAAUUAAACACUUUCGAUUUAAAUUUUAACUUUUUUUUUUUGCAUGUGUUUUCAUUCGUCUAUUAGUUAGUUAAGUUAACCAUAUCAAAUGUGUCAUUUUCUUUAAUUAUACGCACUCGCCUUAAUAAGUAGUAAAACCCUAGGCAUUUUUUACUUGAGGUUGUGCGCAUCAUUAAAAGAGAUAUAUAUUUUAUAUGAUUAACUUGACUUAGGAAUGAAAACACAUGCAAAAUCUUUUUUCAAUUUUUGAACCGAAAGUGUUUAAUUGAAUUUUUUUUAUUAGGCGUUUAGGUGUUCAAUUGGAACAGAGCGUAGUUCGAGUAUCUACAUACAAAAUCCUGACAAGUUUAAAGGGCUGACUAUAUAUUAAGCCUAAUCUAUUUUAUAUAAUUAAAUAUUUGAUGACCUAGCAUACAAUAUACAUUAUUAUGUGCAUAUGUUGUUAUGGCUAAGAUAAUUCAAUCAGUUUUCUGGAAAAAAAAAAUUAUUUGAAUCUUAUAACAAUUUUAGAUAAAAAUAAUAUUCCAAUAUAGUUUCAUAUAUAAAUGCUAUUUCUAUUUUCAGAAAUAUUUGAAGUUAAUAGCAAUUUUAAAAACUGGUUAUGAAUGCAGCACUUUCAAUUUCUUCACCAACUUCAACAAUGUGCCAAAUUCCAUUUCCCUAUAAUUGGCAAAAAAUUACAUGCCCAAAUAAUCAAGAUUGGUUUAAACAAUUGUUCCUUAAAGCUUUGCAACAAUCUCAUAGACAUGUAUGGAAAAUGUGGGCUUUUAGACAAUGCUGUCCAACUGUUCGACGAAAUGCCUCAAAGAGAUUUAGCUUCAUGGGCUUCUAUUUUUACUGCACACAAUGAAGCUAACCAACACAAGAAAACACUUUCAAUAUUUCCUAACAUGUUCUUGGAUGGUUUAUUGCCUGAUCAUUUUGUUUUUGCUAGUAUUGUUAAGGCUUGUGCUAAUUUGAGUGCUUUAAAAGUUGGCAAACAAGUGCAUUCUCAGUUCUUGAAAUCGUCGUUUUCGUGCGAUGAUGUUGUUAAGUCUUCUCUAGUUGAUAUGUAUGCGAAAUGUGGAUUACCUGAUAAUGCAAAAUUGAUUUUUGAUGAGAUUUUGGUUAAGAAUUUGAUUUGUUCGAGUGCAAUGAUAUCGGGGUAUGCUCGUUGUGGGAGGAAAAACGAAGCGAUUGAGCUUCUAAGGAAGUUGCCAGUAAAGAAUUUGCAAUGUUGGACUGCAUUGAUAUCGGGUUUUGUGCAAAAUGGGAACUUUCUUGAUGCCAUUGAUGUGUUUCUUGAAGUUAGAAAAGAAGGGGUCGAUAUGUGGGAUCCAUUUAUUCUUUCUAGUAUAGUAGGAGCUUGUGCUAACUUAGCUGCACUUCAACUCGGGAAACAGAUUCAUCGUGUUGUUUUAGGCCUUGGUUAUGAAUCUAGUUUGUUUGUUAGCAAUGCCCUUGUGGAUAUGUAUGCAAAAUGUAGCGAUAUUGAUGAAGCAAAGAAAAUAUUUGAUAGCAUGUUGAGAAGAGAUGUUGUAUCUUGGACCUCGAUUAUUGUCGGGAUGGCACAACACGGGCGAGCUAUUGAAGCAUUAUCGUUUUAUGAUGAUAUGAUUUUGGCUGGUAUUAAGCCAAACGAAGUGACUUUUGUUGGAUUAAUCUACGCUUGUAGUCAUGUUGGAUUAGUAACCAAAGGUAAGAGUCUUUUUAAAUCCAUGAUUGAAGAUUUUAAGUUAAAUCCUUCUUUGCAACAUUAUACUUGCUUGUUAGAUUUGUUUAGUCGAUCUGGUCACCUUGAGGACGCUGAAAACCUUCUUAACACGAUGCCAUUUCAGCCUGAUGAAGCUGUUUGGGCUGCUUUAUUAAGUGCUUGUAAGAAGCACGGAAAUACCAAAAUGGGAGUUCGGGUUGCUAAUCGGUUACUAAUUCUCGGACCAAAAGAUCCUUCGUCUUGUAUACUGUUGUCGAAUACAUAUGCUGGUGCAGGUCUAUGGGAGAAUGUAUCUAAGUUGAGGAAGCUGAUGGAAAAUUUGGAAGUUGGGAAAGAACCUGGUUAUAGUUGUAUUGAUUCGGGAAAAGAACUUACGACGUUUUAUGCUGGAGAGGCGUUUUAUCCAAUGAAGGAUGAGAUAUUUGGGCUUCUAAAUGAGUUUGAUUGUGAGAUGAGGAAGAGAGGUUAUGUUCCCGAUACUACGUUCGUUUUGCAUGAUAUGGAACAGCAAGAGAAGGAAAGACAGCUUUUUUGGCAUAGUGAGAGAUUGGCUGUGGCUUAUGGAAUUUUGAUGACGGUUCCUGGAUCAGUAAUAAGGGUGGUGAAAAACCUUCGGACUUGUGGCGAUUGCCACACUGUUUUAAAAUUUAUAUCAAGCAUUACAGGUCGCGAAAUUGUUGUUAGAGAUGCAAAUAGGUUCCAUCACUUUGAUGAUGGGAGAUGUUCAUGCAAUGACUUCUGGUGAUUAUGUGUAAGUAUCUAUAGCCAUCGAAUUUUUCAAGCUGCACGCUAUUUGACAUCGAUCCUUGGAGACUCUUCAAGAUUCGAUAUAUGUGCUUAAAGGUAUCAAAAGCUGAUGCUGAGAGUCUUAUCAUGUAUAAUUGUAACCAAAUACCUAGAGUUAUUCCUUGGACAUUUGACAUCUCCACCAAUGCCUUUGAGGGCAUAUUAU